AAUUGAUUUUGACAUUUCUAUUUUCCAUCAACAUUUUUUUCAUGUUCACUAAUUUUACGAUACUGAAAAACACCGUAAUUUUUUAUUACUCUUCUAUUUACCAUAAUUGAAAACAUUUAAACCGAAAACAAUGACUUUACCCCGCAUUACAGUGCAAAAUAAUCCAUUGUUCUAGUCAGAAAUGUCCCAAACAAACAUAACAUAUGGGUCAGAGUUUGCUUACAAUUUGUAUGUGGAUUUAGUGGCUGAAACAUUGACUUACUUACGAAACUUCAGUUUGUGUAUCAGUGUUUGGAUUGUUGGUUACUUGCUUGUGUGCUAUCUAGUGUACCGGAGGUAUGCAAGGAAGCUGCCGACACGGACUAGAGGGUCUCUGAAAACCAAGAGAGUGUUGGUUGCAGUGGCGCACCCUGACGAUGAGUGUAUGUUCUUCGGCCCCACGAUCUACCGUCUGUGCGAGCAAGGGGCCGACGUGUAUAUACUUUGUUUAUCUAAUGGUAACUUUGAAGGGCUAGGCAGCACAAGACGGAAAGAGCUGUGGGAAGCAUGCCAAGAACUAGGUGUUCCAGAACAAAACAUAUGUCUGGUAACCGACACGCGGCUGCCAGAUGACCCAAAGGCCCAGUGGCCGGUGCCCGUCGUGGCCAAGCUACUACAGCAUCAGCUGGAUGCGCUAGAUAUAGACACACUGGUCACGUUUGAUAGAGGAGGAGUUUCGUCACAUAAGAAUCACACAGCAAUAUUUUAUGCUGUUGCAUAUAUGUUUGUAGAAAAAUUGUUACCUAAAAGAUGCACCGUGUACACAUUAGACUCUGUAAAUAUAGUGCGGAAGUACUGGGGUUACCUGGACCUGCCCCUCAGCUUCCUGUUGUCUUCCAAGAGAUACUUCGUCCGCUGGACGGAGAGCCGGCGCGUGGCGGGCGCGAUGCGGCGCCACCGCUCGCAGCUGGCGUGGUUCCGGCGGCUCUACGUGGCCCUGUCGCGCUACAUGGUCAUCAACACGCUGCGUAGAGUCACACUGCCCGAUAUAGAGCUCGAGCUCGAUGUGGAUGACUGAGGGUGGUUGAGGGUGGUUGAGGAUGGU